CCUUUGGAAUGUAAACUAUUCAAUAUGGAGACCGCGGUCAACAAGCUGGAAGCGAUGUUCCAGAAGGCAGAGUCUGACCUGGAUUAUAUUGAGCACAAACUGGAGUUUGAGUUGGUGAAAAUUCUUCCCCAGAACGUAUCUUCAAAGAACAAUCCAGUAAAACUGCUUGAAAUAGCGAAGGUAAUAAAAUCUCGUUAUCGCGACUUGUCUGCAGAAGCAGAUCAGAUUGCUGCAGAGCAAAGGGAAUCGAUGGAUUUCAUACGUUCACAACUUGCCACCACACUGCAAGUCUUGCACAAGUUACAGGAACAGAGUGACCUAAAGUUUCCUCCACUGACUGAGGAGGAGCAGGCGGCUAUUCAAAACAUUCUGAAAUUUGAGGUUUCAGUUGACGCAGGCCCGAGUGAGUCCAGCGAGGAUGCUUGUGCAGAGUCCACAAAACCGAUCGCAGCGGAUGAAGGCCCCGAAUUUGAACCAAUCAGUGGGAAGAUGUUCAAGUCUGUACCACAGGAUGUAAGAUUGACUGUUAAACUGCCUGAUCUGAACACGUUUUAUAGACAGCUGUUUGACCACUUCAAAAAGAACAAAGACUGUACUCCACUAAGUGUGUUAAAGAUGAACAAGCUGAAUAUGAAAGUGACUGAAGCCAAGAUAAAAACACUCAAGACCCUUGAAGUAAUUCAACUGGAUAAAAAAGGACACGUCAGACUCUCCUUGUAAUUACUGGAAGUGUCCAAGAUAAAGGGGAUUCUUUCAUUCAGUUCCUUUUGUAACAUAUUUAUAUAAUUUCACCAGAGAUGUACCAAACACAGCUCACUAUCUGCAAGUCUGUUGAACUUUGAAGGUCAUAAGUGUUUAGUAUGAUUUUCGGGGAAAUAAUCAGACAUAAUGUAACUAAUCUGCGUAACCAAUGUCUCCCCAUAUGAAAUACAGUCUCAAGGCUAGUUCCUUCCCUGCAGGGAGAAGAGCCAGAUCCACGUUAGCAUUUGUAUUACAUUACCUGUAAUUAUCUUCCCCCAAAAAUCUAAUCUAGUUGGGACUUAAACCAUCGUUGCCUUUAUUGUCUUUUGAUUUCCCAAUGCUGGGGUGGGAUAGAGAAUAAAAUGUAUUUAUUUUAGGGUUGGACUUUUCCUUGUACAAUUCAACACAUUCCAGGUAAUUAAUGUCAGUGAUAUUGUUCUAAAGAAACUUAAUCAAACGUGUAAUUCAGUUUGAAGCUUAAAGCACUGUAUCUGAUCGAUCACUAAAGGUAGAGGUCACAAAUGAGCCUCAGAUAAGGAUUACUUAUUUUGUGAAGUAUUUUAUUUUAUGGACAAACUAUUUGCACUCUACUUGUUCACUUUUAUAAUUCAACUGUUUUAGGGGUACGGAUGAAGUGAUGCAACACGAGAGUCGAUGUUUAAUGUUGAAUAAAGUGAAACAUGAUUUGUAACGGA